AAAUACUUAAAAUACGCUUUUAAAUUAUAAAAAAAACUCUAAAGAUCUGAUACUUUUUGAUAUCUCGUUUUAAAAUUAUUUUAUUGUCAUGUUUAAUGAAUGUGUUUGUUGCUAUUUAUUAAAUCGACUUUUUACAUAUAAAGAAAUAUUUAUUUUUUAUUAUGUAAGUGUACUCCCUAAACGAUAAAUUUAUAAUACAGUAGUAGUAAGGUUAAUAAGUAGUCUGGGUUAGUCGAAUAUCGCAUAUAUAAAUGGGCUAACUGGUAACGAAGAAUUAAACCAAGCCACUUGCAAACUGGAAACUAAUACUUAUUGAAUAUUUUAAUUACAUUAUUAAAGUUACAUUGAACGUACAGUCUUUGAUAAAAGCAUUUAUAAUUAUUACAAGCCGAUAAGCAUUGACGGAUAGAUUUUAAUAUUUUACAGUUUUAGUGAUCAUGAGGCAAUGGAAAAGAUGAAGUGGACUUUUGGAAUACUAUUACUGCUGGGUGUUCACAUGUACUUCAUAAAGGCGGACAAUGCAGGGCUGUACCCACCAAGUGAAGAACUGAAUGAUGAACAAGGAGGGGGUGACGAUGAUGUCUGUGACUGUCCGAGAACUAAAAGGCUGGUGUGUGGCACUGACGGUGUGACGUACUUCAACCUUUGCAGUCUCAUCUGUGCAAGCGAUAAGGAUCCUAGUAUAGCGAUGAAGUACCUUGGAAGGUGUUCCAUAAUGGGAUAGGUUUCUGGACAUCUUAGAAGUUAUAAUG